AUGACUGAAUGGUGGGAUGAAUUCUUGCUCACCACACCUUCGGCUUCUCACGAUGAACAGAUGUCUCUUCCCUAUUCUCAUGCUGAGGGAUCUAAUCAUCCCCAUGAGCACCAACAAUAUCACCAAGACCCAAGAGGUAGACCACCGCCAAUUCAUAUACCUCGAAAUCCAUAUGAGCAACCUCUACCUCAUCAUCAUGAUCAGCAUUCAUAUCCUCACCAGGUCCAACAGGCACAAGGGUAUUAUCCACCUCCUCCACCUCCCAACAUUUUUUAUGCUGCCGAGGACCAACCCCCUGGUCCACCCGUCAACAUGAUCAUGAAUCCACCAUAUAGCUCAGACAUCCAACCCAAGUUGGAGCAUGAACCUCCGUCAGUCAUGAUGCAACACAUGCCACCGAGUUAUCUUGAACAGCAACAGCAACAGCAGCACCACCAAUAUCACCAGCAGCAGCAGCAGCAAUCCAUGUUAAUAUCACCGUAUGAAAUGCCUUUGCAAAAUGGUUCUUCGCACAAUCCUGCUAUAACAGAGUAUUUCCCAAACUUGCAUACGCCAACAGGGGCACCGAUGGACAGUGGAUCAUCUCAUAACACUACAAUGGCCGAAUAUUUUCCCCCACAAUUGUCUAUUGCUCAACAACCGGAUUUGUCAAUGCAAAGCUUGCCGUUGAGUAAUCAAGUCUGGCAAUCUACGAUUCCAGCGCCAUUAACAACCUUUCCAAACAGGCAUAACACUUCCGCUGGUCCAUCCGCAAAGCCCGAGAAGUCGGGAACGAAAACUUCAAGACAACAAUUCACAGCCUGUGGAGCCUGUCGGCAUAGAAGGGUCAAAUGCGAUUUGAAGGACAAGCAGGAAGCGGCUGAAGACGAUAAUGAUGAGGACGGUGUCGGACCUACUAGAGCUAAAGAUGGAGGCAAACAGAAGAAGGUAUCUUGUACGAAUUGUAUAGAGAGAGGACUGAAUUGCAUAGACGAAUUCGCUCCGCUGAAAGCAGCGAAACAGCUUCGAAGGGGUAAGAGGAUAUCGGAAAUCGAGAUGCUCUUUGGAAAGACCGCUGCUAGUGCAGCGGUUGCUCAUCGACCAGCUAAACUUUCUUCUGAUACCUCCUUGAAUAUCAUCAAGGGGAAACAAAAAGAAAAAGAAAAAGAUAUGGGGAAGGAGGAAUUCAUGCCCGAUCUCACAAAAGAAUUCUUCGAUUCUCCUUUCUUUAGGCGAUUUCAAGUUCAGAGACCCAUUCUUGAUCCUCAUGAUUUCAUAGCGCGAUAUCUGUCAAUAUCCGUGCCUUCAGCCGCAGCUAUGGGACCUGAAGGAGCCGUUCUGUGUCAUGUAUUAUAUGCGUGGGCAGUUUCAUAUGGUGUGGACCAUUAUGGCCGGCUGGACAUUCCCGAAGGCGGUGGAGCACCUCUUGAAAACAUCAAUCUGCUGAGUCCUGGCGACGGAGAGCUUCAACGAGAGACUGACAGGUUGAAGAGGAAGGAGAAAAUGCGAGCUGUCAUCGAGGUGAUACUGAAAGAGAUAGACGAAUGUGGGAUGAUGAGGAAACCAACCUGGGAUGGAGUUAGAGUGUUAUUAUUAGUCUUGCCGUUGACAGAUGGCAUCGCAUCUCCUGUUGAACGAUUAUCGAUGUACGAGGCCGCGAUCUCACAGGUGUUCACCCUCUGCUCUUUCAUCGGGGUGGGUUAUGAUGGACAACCAAGUGGGACCGCUGGUAUUAAUGGAGGAUCGGAUGAUUCUGGUGGACAGGAUUUGCUCCAUGUGAGAGUUCGGAUCUAUUGGUACGCCUUUGUCCAUGAGGGUAUCACCACCGGUCUCAAAGGUGGUAGAUUGCACCUUGACGAUGAAGAUCUAGAAACGAUGCAAGAUUCGAUUGAUCAUAAAUCAUUGGUACGGGAUUCGGCAGCAUAUAAGAUUUCCUCUAGGUUUGCAACCUCGCCUAUCAACCUUGCUCUGGCUUGUCGAAAAAUCAAUAAAGCUCUAACUGGACCGGCUGCAAAAAGAAGGACUGCGGUGAACGGCGAUCUUGUCAAGCAAGCGUGGGAAGCGUUGGAAAGAUGCUGGGAAGAUUUCGACCAAUUGAAAUAUGAAGCUUCCAAACCUGCCUUUGCUCAAGGUGAUGAAGUCAUACGAUUUGCGGAUGGAUGGAAGAUCUUCCUCUUCGAAGCCCAGAACGUCAUCAGAAAGAAUCUCGAAGAUCGUAUAGAAAAACUUUCAAAAGCUCAAACCACAGCUUUCAUCACCGAAUCAAAUCCAUCAACACCAGAAGCGAUGCAUAAUGAUCUUUUGCACGCACAACACCUACUCGAUAUCUCCAAAGAUAAAUGUGAAGUGCAGACUAGACAGAUCAUGGAAAUUGUCAGAAGACACGUUGGUACCAGGUUCUUUGAAUGGGAUGCGAGUCUAGUUAGAGACGGAACAUACUAUGCUGCUAUGCUUUUAGCUCAAGCGGGAGGCUCAGACGAAGAUAUCCAAAUUUGCAUUCGAGCUUUGAACGAACUUCGAUGGGCUCACGCGAAAGCAUGGGAGCGAUCUGCUGAUCUUCGAAAAGAAUGGCAAGACCGGGCACCGAUAACGGAGCCACCAUCAGGAGAUAAUGGUUGGGAAAGUGUACUUUCUGACCUGGCGAAAUUGUCUAGUCACAAUGCCAAUAGUCAGGAAGGCAUUUCAUCGGAUACUCAAUCACGAUCAACACAAAGUUCUCAUUCGAUCAAUUACAAUGAUGGUUACAAUCACGAUGGUACUCAUAAUAAUGAGUAUAACCAGUCAACACAGGUCACAUACCCUAAUCAUCAACUCAACCAACAUCAGCAUCAGCAGCAUCAGCGGCAUCAGCAUCAGCAUCAACAUGUUCAUCAACACCAGCAUCAGCACAUUCAUCAAAUUCAACAUCAUCAUGAUCGUAUAUCAUCACACAAUAGUGAACCGACUCCUUCUGCAUCGCCGUUCACUUCACCUACUAUAAUAUCACCAACCUACGAUUCAACAACAGGUAUGGGUUUGCCAAUGAUGAGAGGAUAUAUCCCACAAUCACAAUCACAAUCACAGAAUACUGAUCAGAGAACUGUCAAUACUAUGUCAACUUUAGAACCUAUUGAAGAAAAUAUGACAAUGACAGAAAAUGAUAUAUCUUAUGAAAAAUGGUUAAACACAUAUACAAGUCCAAAUACACAUACAACUAUAAUUCCUAAUUCGGUUUUGCAUCAACAAGAUCCAAGAUUGUAUCACAACCAAGAAUCUUAUCCAAUGUUUCAUAAUCACAAUAUAAACAAUAUUAAUAAUUAUCCUAACCACUUGGGUCCACCACCAUUGAAUUCGAUUGAUCAACAUCAACAAGCACAAUACGUUGUAAGGCAAGAUGGUUCUCAUGUAUUACGUCCCCUAUAA